UCUCUCUCUCAACUCCCCACUCAAUUUUGCCCUUUUUUUAAUUUUCAAUUUCGUUUCUCUCUUUCUCUCUCCUAUGGAACCGCCGCCGCCUUCUCUCUCCUCCACAGCGGUGGCCUCCACCGUCGUCCCAACAACCACCGUACCCGUUCCCCCUCCCCCAACCUCUUACCCCGAGUCUCUAGACUCCUCCCCCAGGUCACGCACCACAGACGGCUGGGACGAUCUCCACGCGCCCUCCGCCGUCUCCUCCAAACUCCGCCUCAUGUGCAGCUACGGCGGCCACAUCCUCCCUCGCCCUCACGAUAAAUCCCUCUGCUACAUGGGCGGCGACACUCGCAUCGUCGUCGUGGACCGCAGCUCGUCUCUCUCCUCCCUCGUCGCUCGCCUCUCCAGCAAGCUCCUCGACGGACGCUCCUUCACGCUCAAGUACCAGCUCCCGAGCGAGGAUCUCGAUUCGCUAAUCUCCGUCACGACCGAUGAGGAUCUCGAGAACAUGAUCGAGGAGUACGACCGCACGAUCUCCGCCCCCAAUUCCGCGAAACCCUCGCGUCUCCGUUUUUUUCUCUUCACGCCGAAGCCGGAAGCUACUCAAUCGAUGGGUCAGAUCCUCGAGAGCUCUGCCAAGAGUGACGAUUGGUUCCUCAACGCUCUCAACAGCGCGGGGCUUCUUAACAGAGGCUUCUCAGAUUCGGAUGCUAACGUUAAUCGCUUGCUUGGGUUGGAUGAUAAUACUCUUCGCUCUAUUCCCGGAGAUAACGGAGAUAAUCUUGAUUCCGUUAAAGAUGAUGACGGUUCCGUUAAAAGCGGUAAGCAGCAACAGAUCCAGGAGAUUCCGUCUCAGCCUCAGCCUCAGCAGCAGCAGCAAGGAGGUCAAGAUGUGCACAGCAUGCCUGAUUCUCCGAUGCUUGAUACAUCGUCUUCCUUCGGGUCAACUUCCUCUUCUCCUUUACCUGCGAAUCUUCCUCCGAUUCGUGUCCACGUGGAGGAAGCUGGUGGGGUUAAGGGGAUGCAGGAUCAGAGGAUGGGAAUCGAAGAACAGUUCGCUAGGUUCAACGUCGGGAACAACAAGCAACAGCAGGUCCAGCAGGAGGAUGGAUUCGCGGCGAUCUCGUCGCCUCCACCUCCGUUGCCUGUGACGAUCUCUCUUCCCGCUGCGCCGGUGAACGCAGCAGCAGCGAAUGUCUCGAGUGAGUUCCAGACGAGAGUCUUCUCCGAUGAUGAGAGAUCUGAUCACGGUGUCCCCGUUGGAUACAGGAAGCCGCCGACUCCACGUUCUCAGCCGCAGAAUCUGCCUCCUCAGCAGGUUCAUCACGGGAAGUCAAACAGCGGUGGACAUGAGCUGCCUUCACCUCAUUCCGUAUCCAGUGAUAGCAGCAUGAACAAUCCAGUGUAUCAACAAAGACCAUCUGUGUACCAAGAGCCCAUGUCUCAGAUGCCUCCUGGUUCUACUGUGGUUACUGGUAUGAUCAACCCUUCAGAUCCAAACACACUCUUACCUCAGAACCAUAUGCAGAAUCAGGACCCUGGAUACAUCCUCCACCCCCAGUUCGAGCAACAAUCUGCACCAUCUCAGCCACAUCAACAGCAGCAGCAGCAGUUCAUACACGCUGCUGCUCCACCUCAAUACAUGCAUCACCAUCCCUCUGGUGGCGUUCCCCUCCAGUACAUCCAAGUUUACCCUUCGCAGCAGCCGCAGCAGUCCUUCCACAGGCACCCCGGUCAACUGGAUCAACAGCAGCCUUAUCCUGCUGUUUACUAUGUCACUUCCCCGGUCCCACCUAGGCCUUACAGUAUGGGUGUGCCACAAUCUGGUAGUGUGAGCGAGGCUCCAGGGUCUGUCCCUUCUAACCAUCCUCAGCCACCUCUUAAUUCCACCAUGAUGCCUCCACCUCCUCCUAACAACCAGCUGAGAAGUGUUCCUGGUGGCAAACCUGAGGCUGGGGUUUAUACAACACCACAAGGUAUGCCCGGUGCUCAGAUGGUUCACCAGAUCCCUACAAGCCAGCAGCAAUUCAUGGGCUACUCGCAGAUCCACCACCCACCUCAGUCUGGUUCAGCGGCGAUUCCCAACUACGGAUAUGAAUACGCUGACAAUGCUCACAAGCAGAUGUUCUACACGCAACCUGUGGGACACGCACAGUACCAGACAAUGACCGGUCCUCCACCUGCCAUGGUAUUGCCUGAUGGCUCUGCUGCUGCUAAGCUUCCAGCUGAGAACAUGACUCAACAGAUUCGGAGUUCACAGCCGUUGUGACCCACAAGUCACAAGUAAGAUGGAACACAGUUUUGGAGGAAGAAAAAUCCCAGUUGGUAUUUGAAACAUAAAUAUAUAAUUACUUUUCUCUUUAUCUUUUAUCAGUUGUUGCUGCUUCAUCAAGAAAGUCUCUGGCGUCAUGUUGGUUUUGGUAUUUAUGGACUUAUGUCAAAAAGUGUUGUGUGAGUAAGUAGAGAGAAUAAGGGAGUAAUGCUGCUGCUUUUGAAUUUUACAUUUUAUAGUCGACGGAUAUUGGUGCUUUGCAUGGAUAUUAUAUCAUAUUAUUAUUAUUAU